AAGCGGUUCCAUGGAGUUUGACUUGAACACUGAAAUCGCGGAGGUGGAGGAGGAAGAGAAUGAUGAUGGAGGAGUAGUGGGAACAGGGAUUGAGAAGGGAAAGGUUGGAAUUUUACCAUCAUCUUCUUCUUCAUGCUCUUCUGGUACAUCGUCAUCAUCCUCUACAGCUUCUGCAUCCUCCAUAUACUCUGAGCUAUGGCAUGCUUGUGCUGGUCCUCUCACUUCUCUGCCCAAGAAAGGCAAUGUCGUUGUGUAUUUCCCACAAGGUCAUUUGGAGCAAGAUGCUAUGGUUUCAUACUCAUCUCCUCUUGAAACCCCCAAAUUUGACCUCCAUCCCCAAAUCUUCUGCAGGGUGGUUAAUGUUCAUUUGCUUGCUAAUAAGGAAAGUGAUGAGGUCUACACUCAAGUCACUCUGCUUCCACUGCAAGAGUUUUCGAUGCAAAAUGGGGAAGGGAAAGAGGUCAGGGAGUUAGGAGGUGAGGAAGAGAGGAACGGAAGCUCAUCUGUCAAAAGAACACCUCAUAUGUUCUGCAAAACCUUAACAGCUUCUGACACAAGCACUCAUGGAGGCUUCUCCGUACCUAGAAGAGCCGCUGAAGAUUGUUUUCCUCCCCUUGACUACAAACAACAGAGGCCAUCUCAGGAGCUCGUUGCAAAGGACCUCCAUGGGGUAGAGUGGAGGUUUCGGCAUAUAUAUCGAGGUGGCCUCGGGGACGAAGAUGGAGAGCUGAGGUUAGGAAUCAGAAGAUCUGCGCGGCCAAAAAACGGACUUCCUGACUCGAUCAUCCAGAAGAAUUCAUGCUCCAACUUUCUGUCUCUUGUGUCUAAUGCUGUAUCUACGAAAAGCAUGUUUCAUGUGUUCUACAGUCCACGAGCGACGCACGCAGAGUUUGUGAUUCCUUAUGAGAAGUAUAUCACAAGCAUCAGGAAUCCCAUUUGCAUAGGCACAAGAUUCAAAAUGCGAUUUGAAAUGGACGACUCUCCUGAGAGAAGGUGCUCUGGUGUAGUGACAGGAGUCUGUGACUUGGACCCAUAUAGGUGGCCAAACUCUAAAUGGAGGUGCUUGUUGGUGCGAUGGGAUGAGUCUUUUGUGAGUGAUCACCAAGAAAGAGUCUCCCCUUGGGAGAUUGAUCCCUCAGUUUCUCUCCCACCCUUAAGCAUCCAGUCAUCUCCAAGGCCUAAAAGGCCAUGGGCAGGUUUACUGGAUACAACUCCACCCGGAAACCCCAUAACCGCAGAAAGGGGUGGUUUUUUGGACUUUGAGGAGUCGGUCAGACCCUCUAAGGUCUUGCAAGGUCAAGAAAAUUUAGGUUCUGCAUCACCCUUACAAGGGUUUGAUGCUAUGAACCGCCGGAUACUGGAUUUCGCUAUGCAGUCUCACGCGAAUCCAGUUCUUUUAUCGAGUACUAGAGUGAAGGAUCGGUUUGGUGAGUUUGUGGAUGCUACGUCCCUGGAUCCAGCCUGUUCAGACAGGUUUCCAAGGGUCUUGCAAGGUCAAGAAAUUUGCUCGCUUCGAUCAUUCCCUCAGCUUGUUGGUUUCAAUCCAGCUGCUGCUUCGGGAAAGUCUAAUCUUGGAUACACUGAUCCUUUUGCUUAUCAAGCCAACAAGUCAAGUUUCUAUCCGUUAGCGUCACAAGGGAUUAGGAGCACUCAUAUUCCAUAUCAGUAUCCAUACAACGCUGGAGAAAAAUCCUCUGGUCACGCUUCUGGUGCAAUGAACUUUGGUGUGGAGAGUAGAAGGUUUGAUGCACAAAAUGAAGGUGGCCUAUCCAAGAAUGUUACAGCUGAUUCGCCAUUCAAGAUGGGGAAACAGAAAGGCGGCGACUUUGAUACGAAUGCUUCAUCAGGGUGCAAACUUUUCGGAUUCUCCUUACCUGUGGAGACACCUGCGCCUAACCCGCAGAGCUCGAGCAAAAGGAUCUGCACAAAGGUUCACAAGCAAGGAAGCCUGGUGGGGAGAGCUAUUGAUUUGUCAAGACUAAACGGAUACAAUGAUCUCCUUACCGAGCUUGAACGGUUGUUCAACAUGGAAGGGCUUCUCAGGGAUCCAGAAAAAGGAUGGAGGAUCUUGUACACCGAUAGUGAGAGCGAUAUGAUGGCCGUUGGAGAUGAUCCAUGGCAUGAUUUCUGCAAUGUGGUGUUGAAGAUACAUUUGUACACGAAAGAGGAAGUGGAUAAUGGAAAUGACGAUAACAAGAGCUGUUUAGAACAAGCAGCUCUCAUGAUGGAAGCAUCAAAGUCAUCUUCUGUGAGCCAGCCUGACUCUUCUCCAACGGUCACUAGGAUCUUGACCCUUUGUCUUUCUCUUGGAUAUGUCUCUGUGUCGAUGGAUGAAUUUGAAUUAAGGUCUUGCAUUUUA